UAUAUGGCAUUCCGUCAUUCUCCCCGUCAAGAAAUGCGCUAAAUUCUGCUCGAUAAUCUCGAUACCGCCGGUUCGCGAAUUCCGGGGAAAGGAGUGCGCGACUGGCCGUCACCGGGAAUAAAAUCUUAUAGUAGGAAGAUGCUGCACAGAGUGACGCCGUUGUUUCGUGGAGGGACUGUUCUUAGGGAAACGAACACUGUAUCGAAGCAGAUCCUCCGGUCGUCGAUCACUACACCGUCCGGAGCGAUCCUGCCCGAGCCAAAGAGAACACCAUUUAGCUUUCUGGGCGUCGUCAGCAGUGUGAUAUUCGGCCUGCUGGUUGGCGCCACGAUUAGCAAGAACAUAGCCAACUUCCUGGAGGAGAAUGAUCUCUUCGUACCUUCCGACGACGAUGACGAUGAUGACGACGACUAGCGACCAGCUGGUUUCAUCUCGUUGUGAUUAUCGAAGAUACUCAGCUCGUUAGACGUGCUCUUAAUACUAAUUGAAGGUAAUCUGAUUCAAGUUUGACAUUGCAGUGGCACAAGACCAAUAAUUAAAUGAAUUCGUGUUAACAGAGGAAGAGGAGAUUCUCUUCGCUUAUACUACUUAGGUACCUUACUUACGCUUCAAUACCUGAAAUUAUGUAAAUUAUCAUAGAAAUAUUUAUUUAUACAAUUGUUGAAAGUUAAGUAGAACUUUUACAAAAUCUAUGUAUAUAUUAUAUCUAUAAAUAAAUUGUGUUAAUUACAGUAAGUAAUACAAAAA